UUCUUGCUAACUAUAUCGUCGCUGAACAUGCAUUAAGCUGGCGGAGUAAACCUUUAAGUGUAUUUCUCUCUUUUUUUCUUGAUAUCUGAGGGAAAAAAUGCCAGAAUACGAGCUAGCCUUGAUAGCCAAACGCCUAACAAAGGAGGGUUUUUCUUCCAUGCUUCGUCGGACAGCUUUAUUCAUUAUAAACGAGGGAGGUGUUGUUAAGAAAAUGGAAAAUCUUGGAGAGCAAGAGCUGCCUCACAGAAUGAGAGCGCAUCAUGAAUGGAAUACGCAUGGAAGAUACUUCUUAAUAAACUUUAUCUUGGGAGCAGAUGGAGUCAAACAACUGAAACGUGAGCUGGAAACAGACUUAGACCUCAUUCGGCCAAGAUUAGUGAAAGUUAGAAGCUGCUAUGAACCAAAGAAAAAGCCACUUAACACUAUAGAAUGUUGGAACAGUUACAGACCUCCUUACAACACAUAGUUACAGCAUUUGUGCUUGUACACACUCACAUACAAAUAUCAGAGGAGUUUCUUCAGGUGUUCAUUUCUUAAUUGAAAUUUGCAUUCAUUCUUGGGAGUACUGUUGAUUGGUGUAAAUUUUGACAUUCCAGUGAAGUGUUUCAUUGUAAAAAUGAGUCAAAUUUAAAGAAAGGACUAAGACGUAAGCUUGAAAGGGGUAAUUGGUGGGGUCGGUGACAAUCAAUGGUUUUGAGAGUCUGGAUUCUAAAUCGUUUCACUUCCAAUAUCCAAAAACCAUUUCCCUGUCUGUUGUACACUUCUUGAUUUUUAAGUUUUGAGAAUUUGUUGUAAAACUAGACAUAGUCCCUUGGUUGAUAUUUUUCUAUCUUUUUGUGACCUCUCAGCAUGAGAAUUAAUACAUAUUGUAGGAAGAAAUUUCUUUUUGGUUGCUGCUACUUUUAGGAGUGAAAGGGUUAAAUAGAAUUAAGGCUGAAAAUUUUACUCUUUCACCUGUGACAUGUUUUGCUAUAUGAUGCUAGAUUUUCAUUCCUGGGUGUUCAGACCUUUUUUCUUAAAUGAUACCCAAGCAGGAAAUCAGUUUUGCCAUCUUAUGGAUACAAAUGAAAUAUUUGAAAAGAAUAUACAGAAAACCUCUAAGGAAGCUUGGAAGUGACAAGCAUGUGAAACUUUUUUCAUGUUAUAAUAUUUGCUUGCACAUGAAAAUAAAUCAUACAUGUAUACCCCUUAUAGGGAAAUAAAGUAGUCUU